UUUUACAUUACAUAUAAUGUUAUACAUAAAGAACAGGCAUUUUGGAUUCUUAGUGUAUUAUGUGAUAGAAUGCUACCUGGUUAUUACAGCACUUCUAUGUAUGGUGCGAUUCUUGACCAAAUGAUAUUCGAGCAUUAUGUUCAAAUGAAGUUGCCAUCACUCUAUAGCCAUUUCCAAAGCGUAGAUGUUCAAUUAACAGUUGCUUGUUUUCCAUGGUUUUUAAGUCUUUACAUAAAUUCAAUACCUCUUACUUACGCCUUUCGAGUACUUGAUUGUUUCUUUAUGGAAGCAAUUAUGAAGGUGAAUAAAAAAGAAUUAAUGGGAAUUACUGAUGAUGGAGCAUUUAUUCAUGUGUUGAAAAAUUACUUUGCAACAUUGGAUAAACCUGCGCAUCCAGACAAUAAAAACCCCAAAAUAAGAGAGAUAACUAAAUUUAACGAGCUAUUGGUUGUUGCUUUUAAAGAAUUUGGGAGUAUUACAACCGAAAGUUUAAUCGAACUUCGAAAAACUCAUCAACUUAAAGUUGUCCAUAAUAUUGAAAGUUUUACGAAAAGAAGUGUAAUACGAAAUCUUCAAAAUACUUUAAAAUUUUCUAAAGAGGAUAUCUCCGUUAUUUAUGAUAAAUUCUCUACAGCACAAUUUUAUGGAAAACAAAAAAGUGAUUCACGAAAUGAUUCACGAAUGAAUGUAAAUACAUUUUAUAGUUUUUUAGGAAGUAUUGCCGAUUGGGCAAAAUUAGAGGACAAUGAAUUAAUUAAUGAUAAUAAUACUGUGCUCAGAGAUAGUCAAGGACAUAGACUUGUCGGUUAUAAAAUUAUCAAUAAACUAUUUGAUUAUUUUGAUAGAUCAUCUUCAGGUGGAAUUACCCUUCAAGAUGCUGUUUUAGGACUUGGUGCAAUUAAAUUUGGAGAUAUAUUAUCACGAAUAGAAUUAUUUUUCAAUUUACAUGAUAGUGAUAAAGAUGGAUACUUAUCAAAAGAGGAAAUUUUGCAAAUGUCUGAAAGCUUUUUAUUCGUAUUCCGAUUUCGAAAAGAUGAUGAAAGUCUUGGAUCUGUUUCAAACUUCACAAAAAUUGCAUUUAAAUCUAGUAUCUAUUCUUCUUCUGAUUCAAAUAAUAGUGAAGCUCCAUUAACGGAAGACGAUGAUGAUACUAUAUUAUCGCUUCCAUUAUUUCGUGAGGUAAUUUUAUCAGAUGAGUAUUUAGUAGAUUUUUUCGAUACUGGUUUCGCAGCGACAUUCCAAUUAGUUGAGCCUGUUGAAGAACGACAAAAAGGAUUAGGGCGUGAAAUAUUUAAUUCACUAAUGUCUGAUGGAAUGAAAUUUGCGAGUCUUUUUGGUAAACGACAGAGUGAUCGUCGUAAAUCAAAUGUUUACCAAUCUUCAAGUCCAAAGGGAUCGUCUUUGGACGUUAGACAAACAAGUUAUUCAAGACGAAAUAGUGAUCUAUGGUCUAGAAGAAGAUCAAAUUCUCAUGAAAAUACAGGAAUGGUCGUGGUUACUAGAAGUUCGUCGCCGGAUUCUUUCAUAUCAGUUGAGUCUGCAAGAUCCACAAGUGGUAUUCAUAGAAGUUUAUCACCUGGAUCUUUUCUUUCAACUGAAGACGAAGAUGACCGUUUUUCUAUACAAGAGACGGAGAGACUUUUGGAUGAAUUUCAAUAUGAAAGCGAUGCAAAAUCGAUUAAUGGUAGUAUUAUGUCAAAUAAUGAACGUG